AAAUAUGAUUGAACUAAAAGGAGGGAAUUUUGCAGAGUUGUUUGACUUUGUGCAGGGAAAAGGGUUGAUGAAGAGGAAACAAAGAAAAAUAAGAGCAAUGUAAAAUUAUAUAUCAGAGAGAAUUUAAAGAUUCCAAACAUUGUGUUUAUUUUACCACUGUGCAACUUGUAGCGUGACAGAUAAUUGGUGCUAUUGGAACAUUAUAACGUAGACAAUAUCCUCAAAGAGUGAGAAGCUAUUUACUCCAAUGUCAAAUUAUGUUUCAUUCAACAGCGUUAUGCGAUCGGAAGGGGCGGGAAGAAGGGCGUAUCGGGAUACGACCCCAUUUAAUCAAUAACCAAUCGGCAAAUUUUUGUCUCCCAACAGUUUAACAGCUGAAUAUCCAAGAGGUCUGUGAAGAAACAAGCUGUUUAACAAGCUUAUUGAUCCUAACUGCCGUUACCCACUAUCUUGUGCUGUUCUGUAGUGUGCUAGGGCAGCUGGUGACGAGAUGUGUAGUAACCUAUAUCGGUGACAUUUUAAGUGGAGUCAUAGAUGUUGUCUUAUGUUGUCGGUUAUAAUAACAUCUGCUUUUUUGUUGCAGGAGAACUGCUUAUUGGCUAAUGAUCUUCAAGAAGAAAAUAUUAGGUUAAAGGAAGAGACAAAAAUGUUGUCGAUUGAAAAUGAAGAACUUGCAAAUGAAUGCUUGAUUAUAGCGGAAGGUAUGGAUGCAAAGGCAAAAGAAGUCAUGGUUCUAGAAGAGCGUAUCAAAAGCCUUGAAAGUGGGAAUCAAGAUCAGGAAGAGAACAAAAAAGAUGGCAUGAAUGAAGAAGAGUAUGUAAAUUUGAAAGAAGAGAUAAAGCUCUUGUCGGUUGAAAAUGAAGAACUUUCAAAUGAAUGCUUGAUUCUAGCGGAAGGUAUGGAGGCAAAAACAAAAGAAGUCAUGGUUCUAGAAGAGCGUAUCAAAAGCCUUGAAAGUGAGAGUCAAGAUCUGGAAGAAGGCGAAAGAGAAGACAUGAGUGAAAAAGAAACUGCUUUCGGAAGUGAAGAGGCGAAAACGCAGAACAUUCAAGAAGGAAAGAAAGAGGAUUCUGAUGGCGAAUUUAUCGUUGUGGAUGAUGAAAAUGAAGAUGGUGUUGAUGUGAGUGAUGGAAAUCUUUCUUUUAAGGAACAUGACGAAAAUGGCAGAAUGCAGCAACAGUCAGAGGAACAUAUUGCAGUUGGAAAGAUAUUGCCAGGAAGAAUGACAAAUAUUCAGCAAUAUUUUGAUCAAGUUGCAGAGCUUCAGUUGUUGAAAGGCUUUCUGUCCAAAAUUGGGAGCCAUUUCAAAAUUGAUGAUGGAAUUGCAUUGCAGAAUGUUCUCGAUCAUGUUGAAAUCAAGAUUGUGGAUCUCAUCGACGAAAAGAAGCAUCUUGAUGAAAAAACAAAGGAGUUAAGAAGCCUUGUCGAGUUUUUGGAAUUUGAGCGCAAGUUCACUUUGGAAGAUUUCAAAGAAUCUGAAGAAAAGAACAUAGUAUUGCAGAACAAACUUCAACAAGCAGUCAAAAAGGAAAUUGAUGCACAAAGCCAGUUGGAAGCUUGGAGCAAUUGUUGUGGUAAGCUGUAUAAGAUUAUCAAAAGCAACGAGGGAAAAGAAAAAGGCGAAUCAUCCAUGCAAAGAGGAAAUGCUAGAGCAGCAGAACUGGCACGAAGAAGGAGAUUUCGCCAGAAAUAUAAAAUGAUCAAUGCUAAUCUGAAAGCAUAUAAGGCAAAAUCUGCUGGAAUUAGAAGAUGCAUGGAUGCCCUGGCAGGGAAGAAUCUGGAAUUGGAAUUGGAGGCUGAUCUUCUUCAGACAGACAAUGAACAUAUCACCAGAGAAAGAGACCAAUUUGAAAAGGCAUAUAAAGAAGAGAUGCAAGCCAAUAUUCAAAUGCAGCAUGAUUUGGAAGAAUAUAAAGAGCAGACAAAGAAGUUGAAUAUCUUCAGAUCAGCUUUGAAAGAGCACAGAAAAGAAAUCGAUGCCUUCAGACUAGAGCGCUGUUUUGUUUUAGAUGAGUUGAAUAUGGAGAGACAGCUUCAUGAAGAUUUUGAAAGAAAGUUCCAAAUGGCAUUGAUAGGAAAAGAGCUGAUUCAGAAAAGGCUCCAGCAAGAAUCAGAGAAAUGUAAAGAUGUUGAAAGAAAACUUAGUGAAGUUGAAACCGAGAAGACAAAACUUCAAGAGCAAUUUGAUAAAGAUUUGCGAACGGUUACAGGAGAUCUCGUUGUUCUAAGAGAGAAGAACAAUGAAAUUUUCAAGGACCUGGAUGGUGAAAUGAAGAUUCGCUUGGUGUACGAAAGAAAAUUGGAAGAAUAUUUUGCUGAGAAGCAGAGACUGGAGAAGUGCCUUGAGGAUGAGGUUAAGAGAAAUCUGGAAGCUGAAAAUAUCAUAUCAGCUUUGCAUCAAAUUGUGGAGAAGAGGUCUGAGAAGCCAAAACGAAGUCGACUUAGCAGAUUUUUUAGAUGUGGAUCAAAUUUGAAAGUUGUCAUAAUGGAGGAAAAACUAGAAAGCAGUAGUUUUCUGAGCUUAUUAGGGGCAGACAGUGGUCUUACCUUGAUAAAUACGGAUGCACUGGUACGCAAAACAGAGUUGCAACAGCGAAAGCUUCAGUGCAAAGACAAGGAAAUCGAAGAGCUUAAAGAAAGAUUGGAGCAUCUUGAAGAUGUGGUCGAGAAAUAUGCAAGUCAACUUGAGAGCUUGAAGAAGACAAAUGAACCACCACAAACGAACUGGGCCAAGAACCUCAUCGAAGAAAAUGGUGCGAUGAGAGAGAGACUGGACCUGUUAUUCGGUGAGAAGCAACAGCUUGCAAAGGAGUGCUCGAUGCUGGAAUGUUGCCUAGAAGAUAAGGAACAAGAAUUGGCAAUGCUUAAAGAGAGGAUGCAUCAGUUAAAGAAGAAUCGAUUCGAAAUUUCUUUUCAAGAGUUGCAAGAAAGUUGUCCGUUUAUCAAAGAUCUUGAGGACGAGAACAUAAGGUUGAAAGAAGAAACAAAGCUCUUGUCAGUUGAAAAUGAGGAACUUGCAAAUGAAUGCUUGGUUCUUGCUCAAGGUAUGGAGGCAAAAACAAAAGAAGUCAUGAUUCUAGAAGAGCGUAUCAAAAGCCUUGAAAGUGAGAGUCAAGAUCAGGAAGAGAGCAAAAAGGAUGGCAUGAAUGAAGAAGAGUAUGUUAAGUGGAAAGAAGAGAAAAGGCUCUUAUCAGUUGAAAAUGGAGAACUUGCAAAUGAAUGCUUGGCUCUUGCUCAAGGUAUGGAGGCAAAAGAAAAGCAAGUCAUGGUUUUGGAAGAGCGUAUCAAAAACCUUGAAAGUGGGAGUCAAGAUCAGGAAGAGAGCAAAAAGGAUGGCAUCAAUGAAGAAGAGUAUGUUAAGUUGAAAGAAGAAACAAAGCUCUUGUCAGUUGAAAAUGGAGAACUUGCAAAUGAAUGCUUGGCUCUUGCUCAAGGUAUGGAGGCAAAAGAAAAGCAAGUCAUGGUUUUGGAAGAGCGUAUCAAAAACCUUGAAAGUGGGAGUCAAGAUCAGGAAGAGAGCAAAAAGGAUGGCAUCAAUGAAGAAGAGUAUGUCAAGUUGAAAGAAGAGAAAAAGCUCUUGUCAGUUGAAAAUGAAGAACUUGCAAAUGAAUGCUUGAUUUUGGCGGAAGGUAUGGAGGCAAAAACAAAAGAAGUCAUGGUUCUAGAAGAGCGUAUCAAAAGCCUUGAAAGUGAAACUAACCAUCUUGAAGAGAGUGAAAGAAAUGACAUGAAAGAAGAACUUGCUUCAGAUGGUGAAGAGUCGGAAACACAGAGCAUUCAAGACGAAAAGGAAGAGGAUUCUGAUGGCGAAUUUAUCGUUGUUGAUGAUGAAAGUGAAGGAGACGAUGAUACGAGUGCUGGAAAGCUUUCCUUGAAAGAAAAUGACGACAAUGCAAGAAUGCAACAGCAGCCAGAGGAAUAUAUGGCAGUUGGAAAGAUAUUGCCAGGAAGAAUGACAAAUAUUCAGCAAUAUUUUGAUCAAGUUGCAGAACUUCAGUUGUUGAAAGGCUUUCUGUCCAAAAUUGGGAGCCAUUUCAAAAUUGAUGAUGGAAACGGAUUGCAGAAAGUUCUCGAUCAUAUUGAAAUCAAGAUUGUGGAUCUCAUCGACGAAAAGAAGCAUCUUGAUGAAGAAACAAAGGAGUUAAAGAGCCUUGUAGAGUUUUUGGAAUUUGAAGGCAAGUUCACUUUGGAAAAUUUCAAAGAAUCUGAAGAAAAGAAUGUAGAAUUGCAGAACAAACUUCAACAAGCAGUCAAAAAUGAAAUUGAUGCACAAAGCCAGUUGGAAGCUUGGAGCAACUGUUGUGGUAAGCUGUAUAAGAUUAUCAAAAGCAACGAGGGAAAAGAAAAAGGCGAAUCAUCCAUGCAAAGAGGAAAUGCUAGAGCAGCAGAGCUGGCACGAAGAAAGAGAUUUCGCCAGAAAUAUAAAAUGAUCAAUGCUAAUCUGAAAGCAUAUAAGGCAAAAUCUGCUGGAAUUAGAAGAUGCAUGGAUGCACUGGCAGGGAAGAAUCUGGAAUUGGAAUUGAAGGCUGAUCUUCUUCAGACAGACAAUGAACAUAUCACCAGAGAAAGAAACGAAUUUGAAAAGGCAUACAAAGAAGAGAUGCAAGCCAAUAUUCGUAUGCAGCAUGAUUUGGAAGAAUAUAAAGAGCAGACAAAGAAGUUGAAUAUCUUCAGAUCAGCUUUGAAAGAACACAGAAAAGAAAUCAAUGCCCUCAAACUAGAGCGUUGUCUUGCUUUGAAUGAGCUGAAUAUGGAGAGACAGCUUCAUGAAGAUUUUGAAAGAAAGAUCCAAAUGGUAUUGAUAGGAAAAGAGCUGAUUCAGAGAAGGCUCCAGCAAGAAUCAGAGAAAUGUAAAGAUGUUGAAAGAAAACUUAGUGAAGUUGAAACCGAGAAGACAAAACUUCAAGAGCAAUUUGAUAAAGAUUUGCGAACGGUUACAGGAGAUCUCGUUGUUCUAAGAGAGAAGAACAAUGAAACUGUCAAGGACCUCGAUGGUGAAAUGAAGAUUCGCUUGGUGUACGAAAGAAAAUUGGAAGAAUAUUUUGCCGAGAAGCAGAGACUGGAGAAGUGUCUUGAAGAUGAGGUUAAGAGAAAUCUGGAAGCUGAAAAUAUCAUAUCGGCUUUGCAUGAAAUUAUGGAGAAGAAGUCAGAGAAACCAAAGCGAAGUCGACUUAGCAGAUUGUUUAGACAGCUACAACAGCGAAAGCUUCAGUGCAAAGACAAGGAAAUCGAAGAGCUUAAAGAAAGAUUGGAGCAUCUUGAAGAUGUGGUCGAGAAAUAUGCAAGUCAACUCGAAAGCUUGAAGAAGACAAAUGAACCACCACAAACGAACUGGACCAAGAACCUCAUCGAAGAAAAUGCUGCGAUGAGAGAGAGACUGGACCUGAUAUUUGGUGAGAAGCAACAGCUUGCAAAGGAGUGCUCGAUGCUGGAAUGUUGCUUAGAAGAUAAGGAACAAGAAUUGGCAGUGCUGAAAGAGAAGAUAGAUCAAUUGAAGAAUAGUAAAAUGGCUUUUCAAGAGUUGCAAUUUUAUGGUUACCUGGAUGCGAAUAAAUCACUAUAUGAGCAUCAGUCGGGUUUUCGACUCUUACACUCGGUAGCCACAGCCCUUCUGGCCAGCACCAAUGAUUGGUACCUGAAUAUAGAUAAAGGAAAAUACACUGGUCUUGUCUUUAUUGACUUGAAGAAGGCUUUCGACACGGUCGAUCAUAAAAUCCUACUGGAAAAAAUGAAUAUGUACGGAGUGACCGGCCUGGAACAUGCCUGGUUCACAUCAUAUUUGGAAAAUCGUAAACAAUUCUGCAGGGUGGAUGGCACCUCCUCUGAUGUGAGGGGAAUAAAUUGUGGAGUUCCCCAAGGCUCUUAUCUUGGUCCACUCUUGUUCCUGAUUUACAUCAAUGGUUUGCCUUUUUCCUUGCAAAAAUCUCAUGUCAGCAUGUAUGCUGAUGACACGGCCAUUUCCCUCUCUUCAAAAAGUAUUGGUGACCUUCAAAAUGACCUAAACUUAGAUCUUUUGAAACUACAGGAUUGGCUGCAUGCAAAUAAACUUUCCUUGAACGUAGUGAAAACGCAGUCACUUGUUAUAGGCUCUGGUCCAAACAUCCGUAAGAUCGAAAGCCAGCCUGAUGCUCCACCAUCUUUUUCUUUUUCAAUAGGUGAUCAGAACAUUGAAAUGAUCACCAACACAAGAUACUUAGGUGUUCAGAUAGACAGUAAGCUCAACUGGGACAAGCAUAUCGAUACUAUCAAGAACAAGGCUAAUCGAGCCCUUGGACUUUUUAAGUAUUCUAAGAAAUAUCUUCCAUAUGACAUCCUCAACAAAAUGUAUAGAGGAAUUGUUGAGCCUCAUUUGAGCUACUGUUGUUCCGUUUGGGGCUGCUGUAUUGAAUCAAAGCUUGACGUGUUGCAAAAAAUCAAAAAUAGAGCUGCCAGAAUUGUAACUAGCAGCCCAUACGAUGCGUCUGCUGCUCCAAUAAUUCAGAAUCUUGGCUGGUUAACCAUCAGAAAUCUUGAGAACUGCUUAUUGGCUAAUGAUCUUCAAGAAGAAAAUAUUAGGUUAAAGGAAGAGACAAAACUGUUGUCGAUUGAAAAUGAAGAACUUGCAAAUGAAUGCUUGAUUAUAGCGGAUGGUAUGGAUGCAAAGGCAAAAGAAGUCAUGGUUCUAGAAGAGCGUAUCAAAAGCCUUGAAAAUGGGAAUCAAGAUCAGGAAGAGAACAAAAAAGAUGGCAUGAAUGAAGAAGAGUAUGUAAAUUUGAAAGAAGAGAUAAAGCUCUUGUCGGUUGAAAAUGAAGAACUUUCAAAUGAAUGCUUGAUUCUUGCUCAAGGUAUGGAGGCAAAAACAAAAGAAGUCAUGGUUCUAGAAGAGCGUAUCAAAAGCCUUGAAAGUGAGAGUCAAGAUCUGGAAGAAGGCGAAAGAGAAGACAUGAGUGAAAAAGAAACUGCUUUCGGAAGUGAAGAGGCGAAAACGCAGAACAUUCAAGAAGGAAAGAAAGAGGAUUCUGAUGGCGAAUUUAUCGUUGUGGAUGAUGAAAAUGAAGAUGGUGUUGAUGUGAGUGAUGGAAAUCUUUCUUUUAAGGAACAUGACGAAAAUGGCAGAAUGCAGCAACAGUCAGAGGAACAUAUUGCAGUUGGAAAGAUAUUGCCAGGAAGAAUGACAAAUAUUCAGCAAUAUUUUGAUGAAGUUGCAGAGCUUCAGUUGUUGAAAGGCUUUCUGUCCAAAAUUGGGAGCCAUUUCAAAAUUGAUAAUGGAAUUGCAUUGCAGAAUGUUCUCGAUCAUGUUGAAAUCAAGAUUGUGGAUCUCAUCGACGAAAAGAAGCAUCUUGAUGAAAAAACAAAGGAGUUAAGAAGCCUUGUCGAGUUUUUGGAAUUUGAAGGCAAGUUCACUUUGGAAGAUUUCAAAGAAUCCGAAGAAAAGAACAUAGUAUUGCAGAACAAACUUCAACAAGCAGUCAAAAAGGAAAUUGAUACACAAAGCCAGUUGGAAGCUUGGAGCAACUGUUGCGGUAAGCUGUAUAAGAUUAUCAAAAGCAACGAGGGAAAAGAAAAAGGUGAAUUAUCCAUGCAAAGAGGAAAUGCUAGAGCAGCAGAACUGGCACGAAGAAAGAGAUUUAUUCAGAAAUAUAAAAUGAUCAAUGCUAAUCUGAAAGCAUAUAAGGCGAAAUCUGCUGGAAUUAGAAGAUGCAUGGAUGCACUGGCAGGGAAGAAUCUAGAAUUGGAAUUGAAGGCUGAUCUUCUUCAGGCAGACAAUGAACAUAUCACCAGAGAAAGAGACCAAUUUGAAAAGGCAUAUAAAGAAGAGAUGCAAGCCAAUAUUCCUUUGAAAGAGCACAGAAAAGAAAUCGAUGCCCUAAGACUAGAGCGCUGUUUUGUUUUAGAUGAGUUGAAUAUGGAGAGACAGCUUCAUGAAGAUUUUGAAAGAAAAUUCCAAAUGGCAUUGAUAGGAAAAGAACUGAUUCAGAGAAGGCUCCAGCAAGAAUCAGAGAAAUGUAAAGAUGUUGAAAGAAAACUUAGUGAAGUUGAAACCGAGAAGACAAAACUUCAAGAGCAAUUUGAUAAAGAUUUGCGAACGGUUACAGGAGAUCUCGUUGUUCUAAGAGAGAAGAACAAUGAAACUGUCAAGGACCUCGAUGGUGAAAUGAAGAUUCGCUUGGUGUACGAAAGAAAAUUGGAAGAAUAUUUUGCUGAGAAGCAGAGACUGGAGAAGUGUCUUGAGGAUGAGGUUAAGAGAAAUCUGGAAGCUGAAAAUAUCAUAUCAGCUUUGCAUCAAAUUGUGGAGAAGAGGUCUGAGAAGCCAAAACGAAGUCGACUUAGCAGAUUUUUUAGAUGUGGAUCAAAUUAUGCAAGUCAACUUGAGAGCUUGAAGAAGACAAAUGAACCACCACAAACGAACUGGACCAAGAACCUCAUCGAAGAAAAUGGUGCGAUGAGAGAGAGACUGGACCUGUUAUUCGGUGAGAAGCAACAGCUUGCAAAGGAGUGCUCGAUGCUGGAAUGUUGCUUAGAAGAUAAGGAACAAGAAUUGACAAUGCUUAAAGAGCGGAUGGAUCAGUUAAAGAAGAAUCGAUUCGAAAUUUCUUUUCAAGAGUUGCAAGAAAGUUGUCCGUUUAUCAAAGAUCUUGAGGACGAGAACAUAAAGUUGAAAGAAGAAACAAAGCUCUUGUCAGUUGAAAAUGAGGAACUUGCAAAUGAAUGCUUGGUUCUUGCUCAAGGUAUGGAGGCAAAAGCAAAAGAAGUCAUGGUUUUGGAAGAGCGUAUCAAAACCCUCGAAAAUGGCAGUCAAGAUCAGGAAGAGAGCAAAAAAUAUGGCAUAAAUGAAGAAGAGUAUGUAGAGUUGAAAGAAGAGAAAACGCUCUUGUCAGUUGAAAAUGAAGAACUUUCAAAUGAAUGCUUGAUUCUUGCUGAAGGUAUGGAGGCAAAAACAAAAAAAGUCAUGGUUCUAGAAAAGCGUAUCAAAAGCUUUGAAAGUGAGAGUCAAGAUCUGGAAGAAGGUGAAAGAAAAGACAUGAAAGAAGAACUUGCUUCAGAUGGUGAAGGGUCGGAAAUACAGAGCAUUCAAGAAGGAAUGGAGAAGGAUUCUGAUGGCGAAUUUAUCGUUGUUGAUGAUGAAAGUGAAGGAGACGAUGAUACGAGUGCUGGAAAGCUUUCCUUGAAAGAAAAUGAUGACAAUGCAAGAAUGCAACAGCAGCCAGAGGAAUAUAUGACAGUUGGAAAGAUAUUGCCAGGAAGAAUGACAAAUAUUCAGCAAUAUUUUGAUCAAGUUGCAGAACUUCAGUUGUUGAAAGGCUUUCUGUCCAAAAUUGGGAGCCAUUUCAAAAUUGAUACUGGAAUCGCAUUGCAGAAAGUUCUCGAUCAUAUUGAAAUCAAGAUUGUGGAUCUCAUCGACGAAAAGAGGCAUCUUGAUGAAGAAACAAAGGAGUUAAAGAGCCUUGUCGAGUUUUUGGAAUUUGAAGGCAAGUUCACUUUGGAAGAUUUCAAAGAAUCUGAAGAAAAGAACAUAGUAUUGCAGAACAAACUUCAACAAACAGUCAAAAAUGAAAUUGAUGCACAAAGCCAGUUGGAAGCUUGGAGCAACUGUUGUGGUAAGCUGUAUAAGAUUAUCAAAAGCAACGAGGGAAAAGAAAAAGGCGAAUCAUCCAUGCAAAGAGGAAAUGCUAGAGCAGCAGAGCUGGCACGAAGAAGGAGAUUUCGCCAGAAAUAUAAAAUGAUCAAUGCUAAUCUGAAAGCAUAUAAGGCAAAAUCUGCUGGAAUUAGAAGAUGCAUGGAUGCACUGGCAGGGAAGAAUCUGGAUUUGGAAUUGAAGGCUGAUCUUCUUCAGGCAGACAAUGAACAUAUCAUCAGAGAAAGAGACGAAUUUGAAAAGGCAUACAAAGAAGAGAUGCAAGCCAAUAUUCGUAUGCAGCAUGAUUUGGAAGAAUAUAAAGAGCAGGCAAAGAAGUUGAAUAUCUUCAGAUCAGCUUUGAAAGAGCACAGAAAAGAAAUCGAUGCCUUCAGACUAGAGCGUUGUUUUGCUUUGGAUGAGUUGAAUAUGGAGAGACAGCUUCAUGAAGAUUUUGAAAGAAAAUUCCAAAUGGCAUUGAUAGGAAAAGAACUGAUCCAGAGAAGGCUCCAACAAGAAUCAGAGAAAUGUAAAGAUGUUGAAAGAAAACUUAGUGAAGUUGAAACCGAGAAGACAAAACUUCAAGAGCAAUUCGAUAAAGAUUUGCGAACGGUUACAGGAGAUCUCGUUGUUCUAAGAGAGAAGAACAAUGAAACUGUCAAGGACCUCGAUGGUGAAAUGAAGAUUCGCUUGGUGUACGAAAGAAAAUUGGAAGAAUAUUUUGCCGAGAAGCAGAGACUGGAGAAGUGUCUUGAGGAUGAGGUUAAGAGAAAUCUGGAAGCUGAAAAUAUCAUAUCAGCUUUGCAUCAAAUUAUGGAGAAGAAGUCAGAGAAACCAAAGCGAAGUCGACUUAGCAGAUUGUUUAGACUCGAUCAGAAAGUUGAAGAAGAAUUUUCAGAGCAAUCUAAUUAUAUUUUCUUUGUAGAUGCAAGUCAACUUGAGAACUUGAAGAAGACAAAUGAACCACCACAAACGAACUGGACCAAGAACCUCAUCGAAGAAAAUGGUGUGAUGAGAGAGAGACUGGACCUGUUAUUUGGUGAGAAGCAACAGCUUGCAAAGGAGUGCUUGAUGCUGCAAUGUUGCUUAAAAGAUAAGGAACAAGAAUUGGCAAUGCUUAAAGAGAAGAUAGAUCAAUUAAAGAAGAAUAGAUUCAAAAUUUCUUUUCAAGAGUUGCAAGUGAGUAUUUUGGGAUUACUUAAAGCUAUUUUGCUGAAUAAAAUCGCAAUGUUAUUUUAUUCAUUGAAUUUUCCAGCAGUUCUCGAUUUAAAGGUUUUGAAUCUCAAAAGACUCAUAUCUCAUAACAUAUAUGUCAUUUAUAUACACUUUUUAAAGCAAGAUAUUAUCGAGUGUUAUUAAUAGCAAUAAGAUGAUACCAGCCUUUUGAAACAUGCAAUAAAAAUUUGUUGACAAUAUUCAUAAUUCAACUUCAUUGGAAAUAGACCUCAUUCGAAUUG